AAAAAGAGGCUGAGUGGAGUAUUUAGCUCUAGCAGCCUAAUUUCUCUCACUAGGGUUUUUGCUGGGUUUUCAAAAUUUCACGAAGAUUUACAAGUUAGGAAUGGGUAACAAGAAGAAGGCUGCGGCAACCUUCAUUCGUCUUGUCUCAACUGCUGGGACUGGGUUCUUUUACGUUAAGAGGAAGCCAACUAAGAUGACUGAGAAGCUGGAGUUUCGGAAAUUUGACCCUCGAGUGAAUCGUCACGUUCUGUUUAAGGAAGCAAAAAUGAAGUGAGAGGCCCAUAGUGUGGCAGGUGUAUGCAUUCUCAUAUACUAUGUUGGACCAAUCUUCCUUUUUUGUUUUUAUUUUUACUUAUUUUUGGGUAGACAAUACGUGAAUUAAAGUGGGCUAAAUAAGUAUGACAAUUGUUGUUGUUGAUGCUAAUCUGCAGUAUAUGUUCCCUCAAACCCCUCUCUCCCUCUCUCAAUGUCAUUUGUGUUAUCUUUUGAUGGUGAUUUCAAAGACAGUCCUUGGUUUUAAAUAGUGAUAAUCUUCAUGAA